CAAAGAAAAAAAAAGUAGCCAUCUGUGGGUGCAAUAAUCUUGUGCCUGCAAUAAAAUGAAACAGUGUGUGUGUGGUUGCUGGAACUACACAUCCCGGCGUAUGAAUCCACUCUCGCUUUACCACGUACUCCCACUGCUGAACGAGGUCGUACUCCGGAAAUAGCAGGUAGAGAGAGGGAGGGAGGAGGAGCGAGUCUUGGGUGUGCAGCGACUGCUUUGGGAACGGGAGCCCGGCCAGGAAUGGAGUGAAUACCCUUGGGGGGCAGGAGACCUUCGCCGGAGCCCAGGUGAGAGAGAGAGAGAGAGAUAGAUAGAGAGGGGAGGCGAUGGAGCCAACACUGUGCCAGGAGGUGGUGACCAAGUUCUUGGUGGGCUCAGCGGGCAAGGUGGAGAACUCCAAACUGUUGUUCCACUUCAGGAACCAGUUGUGUCAGAGCGACCCGCAGUUGAAGAAGGAAGCCCGGGAGCUCUUCAAAAGCUUCAUCAACAAGGUGGCCGUGGUGCGGGAGGAAGACGGGGUGAAGUAUGUGGUCCUCAAGAAGAGGAUGCACCACCUCCUGCCCGGCGAGGAGAUGCCCAAGGCGCUGGGCAAGGGGGAGAGUCUAGGGGACUUGGUGGAGGGUUUGCUGGAGCCGGAGGUUCGGCGCAACUCGGCGCCGUCCGCGCUGUCCCCGGGCCAGGGGACCUCCCUCAACGCCGGCCUGUGGGGUGGGAAUUCGGCCCGUCCCCUGCCCGACCCACCUUCUGCAGAUGGCGAGGUCGGCUUGCCGGGGCAGCAUCCCGCGACCUCCUCCGAGAACCUGCCCACCUCGGGAGACCGAGAUCCUGCCUCCGCCUCCGCCUCCGAGAAGGUCGCCGAAGAUCUGAAGACCGACCUGGUUCCCCCCCAACCCGAGCAGUUGGGCACCCCGCCACCUCCCCCAGAGAAAGCCAACCCUUCGCUUCCCGACCCGAAGACCGAAUCCAAAGCCAAUGUUGACCCUGGUCUGCGAGGUCCGAAGACCACAUCCGUACAGAAGACCAAACCGUACAUGUACCCUCUCCGCCUCCCACCAGACUCCCACAAAGUCUCCGGCCCUUACAGUGAGCAGAAGAAAGAAUCGCCGGACACCCAGAGCAAAAAUACCAGCGUGGUAGCUUCGGGGAACCAAGCUGGUGCUAAAACGAAGAGAAGCCAACCAGCGGAGAGCGGCAGCAGUUCACCUUAUCUCAAGAGAGCUUCCAGGGUGUUGAAACUCCCUGAAGAUGCCCGGUUCUCCGACCAAGUCCCAUUGGAUCCAAUGGAGCACGAGUGGAUCGUAAAGACCGCCCUUGGCCACUGGACGCAUGUGACUGGUUUGCUCCUGAAGGACCACUACUUGGCUGAGAAGAAGGACUUCAUGUCGGGCUUCACCGCCGUGCACUGGGCAGCGAAAUUCGGCAACAGCGACAUGAUGUGUUGGAUUAUCGACAGCACGGAGCGGAACGGGGUCAAGGUGGACAUCAACUGUAAAUCCCAUGGAGGUUACACCCCCUUGCACAUUGCGGCCAUUCACAGCCGGGACAAUGUCAUCAUCGAACUGGUGGGGAAGUAUGGCGCAAAGACAACUCUCCGAGACUACAGCGGCAAGAGGCCCCAUCACUACCUGGCCAAGGAGAGCUCCUUGGUGGUCAGGCAAAUGCUGGGGGACCCCGAGGCCUCAGCGAGCGAGUCCGUCCAUCAGAAACGAGGGUCGAAGGUGGCCUCUUCCAUCCUGAGCGGAGGCAACAGCCUCCUGGGCGCCCUGGUCGAAGAUGCGCUGUUCCCGGACCUCUCCAAGUCGCUGAAGAAGCCGGCCAACCUCAGCAAGUUCUUCACCGCUCCCACCGUGCACAUUCACAAGAAGAGGGCCAAAACGCGGACAAACUUUGCUUCGCUCCACGAAGAGCCGGAGGAGGAGAGAGAAGAGGUGGUUGUAAAACGCCGACCAGUGACUGAAGUAUUCUUCUGAAGAGCGCUCUCAAACGUUAGUGCAUCAAUAGACAAUAGACAAUAGGUGCAGGAGUAGGCCAUUCGGCCCUUCGAGCCAGCAACGCCAUUCAAUGUGGUCAUGGCUGGUCAGAUAUGCUACGCUCCCAAUGUUAGGUCAUAAUGCCCUCAUUGGAUGCUCACUGGAGAUCAAAAUGUCAUCUGGUACAUUAAGCUAUUUUGAAUAGACACAAAAAUGCUGGGGCAACUCAGCGGGUCGGGCAGCAUCUCUGGAGAGGAGGAAUGGGGUAACGUUUCGGGUCGAGACCUUUCUUUAGCUGAGGAAGGGUCUCCACCCGAUACAUCACCCAUUCCUUCUCUCCAGAAAUGCUGCCUGUAAAAAAAAAAAAAAAAAAAAGAUUUUAAAAGAAAGAGUUACUCCAGCAUUUUGUGUCUUAUCUUCAGGGUAAACCAGCAUCUGCGGUUCCUUCUGAAGCUAUUUUUAAUCACGGGUGCUGUUCUAUGGUUACAUCUGCAAUCACGCUGAGCAAUAACAUUAUGUAUUUCAAUGGUCUUCAAGGUCAAGGGGGAGUUUAAAUGAUAGGAUAUUUUAGGAUGGAAAUUCUCGCAACAUCGAGGGAGCUGCUAUGUUCCAAGACAACUUUUAUUAAACUAGCGGCAUUCAUGAGGGUAUUUAUAACUUUCUUCUCUGGAUGAUGUGGGAAUUGCUCCUAGAUCACUCAUUAGCCUCAGUAGGACCUCAGAGAGAGUUCUGCAUGUGGGUGUCUUGAGGAGAAAAAGCAUGGAGAGGUUCCUAUUAUGGUCUACCACCACCCCUUGUAAAUGUCCUUUAAAAAUCGGCAAUUGGUGCAGGAGUAGGCCCUUCGGCCCUUCGAGCCAGCACCGCCAUUCAAUGUGACCAUGGCUGAUCAUCCCCAAUCAGUACCCCGUUCCUGCCUUCUCCCCAUAUCCCCUGACUGCGCUAUCUUUAAGAGCCCUACCUAGCUCUCUCUUGAAAGCAUCCAGAGAACCUGCCUCCACCGCCCUGUGAGGCAGAGAAUUCCACAGACUCACCGCUCUCUGUGAGGAAAAGUGUUUCCUCGUCUCCGUUCCAAAUGAAAGCAAGAAAGUAGAACAGUAAUGGAGGUUCCCCCCCCCUGUCAAAUCUGUUAGUUCCCACACUAACAUAGCAUGGAUCUCUGAGUCUUCAGUGGCGAGGCCUAUCGUGCACCCUGCCUACAUGCGUUCAUUGAAUCUUUCUGAGGGAAUUAAGUCCGAUUUGUAAUUUUAAUUUGGUGGAGCAGACGAUUAUGUGAAGGUGGUGGGGGGGGGCGGGAAGAAGAAAGGAAGAGGCGGAGACAGUGGGCUGCGGGAGAGCUGGGAAGGGGAGGGGAAGGAGGGAGAAAGCAGGGACUACCUGAAAUUGGAGAAAUCAAUGUUCAUACCGCUGGGGUGUAAACUGCCCAAGCGAAAUAUGAGGUGCUGCUCCUCCAAUUUGCGGUGGGACUCACUCUGGCCAGGGAAGACCGAAAGGUGGGAUUCGGAAUGGGAGGGGGAUAUCUUACUGGGAGGGUGGACAUAUCUUACUCCUGACGCAAGUUACGUACUAGACAAGUAGAAUUUGAGAGGCACAAAAUGCUGGAGUAGCUCAGCGGGACAGGCAGCAUCUCUGGGGACGUUUCGGGUCGAGACCCUCCUUCGGACUGAGAGUCAGGGGGAGAGGGAGGAGGCACGGAGAUAAUCUAAUGUUGGAAUCUGGACCACCAAGGUUUUGUACCCUCAGGAAUAUUUUGACUGCUUCUCUCACCCUUGAUUGAUAUACACAUUAGCAAUUAAAUUCAUUUUGUUUAAGAAGGAACUGCAGAAGAUGGAAAAUCGAAGGUGUACAAAAAUGCUGGAGAAACUCAGCGGGUGCAGCAGCAGCAUCUAUGGA